GCCUCCCCUUCACCCUCCCAUCCAAAACUCAAAUCCCCCGAACCUCUUAUCACCAAACCCAAACCCUAGCGUUCCCCUUCCCCUCCUCCAUGGCUCGCACGAAGCAGACGGCGCGCAAGUCCACCGGCGGCAAGGCCCCACGGAAGCAGCUGGCGACGAAGGCAGCCCGGAAAUCGGCGCCCGCCACCGGCGGCGUGAAGAAGCCCCACCGUUUCCGCCCGGGCACCGUCGCGCUGCGCGAGAUCCGCAAGUACCAGAAGAGCACGGAGCUGCUCAUCCGCAAGCUCCCCUUCCAGCGGCUCGUCAGGGAGAUCGCGCAGGACUUCAAGACGGACCUCCGGUUCCAGUCCUCCGCCGUGUCGGCCCUGCAGGAGGCCGCCGAGGCGUAUCUGGUUGGGCUCUUCGAGGACACCAACCUCUGCGCAAUUCAUGCCAAGAGGGUUACCAUCAUGCCCAAGGAUAUCCAGCUUGCUCGCCGCAUCCGUGGGGAGAGGGCGUAAGGAGUUUCGGGUUGGUGCUGAUGCUGUUGUUGGUAGAUGGAUGUGGCUGGGGAUCUGGUUGUUUUGGUUGUGUUGAUAUGAGGUGUCAUCUGCUAUCUUUGGUUCCCUGUUCUGUUGUAGCAAGCAAGUUCUUGAAAUGAGAAGAAAUGGAAAGUUUAUCUGUCUACUGUCUGAUCCUAUAUUUGUCCUUCUGAUGUUUAUCUGUUUAUUUCCCU